AUGUCAAAACAAUUCUCUUCGUUGGGUCUUGUUUCUAAAAAAUCUAAUUUCAACAAGUUUCUGAGCCAACGAUUUGAUAAAAAUUGUCCAAAAAAAAGAAAGUGUGAUUUUCUUCAAAGUGAUGAGUCUAAGGUUAAAAAAACCGUUCCAAACAUCUUAGUGCCAACAAAAUAUUCAACUCGUAUCGAUCGUGUUAUUGAUCAGCCUGAACCAGGCUCUGUGAUUAAUCGGAAAGCUGAACUAACUGUUUGCUUAACCGAUAAAUGUGAUGAUGGAACCGAAUUUGGAAUAGUUUUACCUUUACUACUAGAUGGCAAAAAUGAGCCAAUCAAACAACCAAUUUUGAUCAAAUUCAAAACAAUUAUUUUGGAAUCCAUGGGGUUUGAAUUUCCAUUUAACGAGUUUUCAAACUCGGAAAGAAACCAUUUUGAACUUGAAUAUAAAGGUCAAAUCAUGACGGUACGAUUUAUUGCGACUGGGGCUUCACCUCUUGACGUUCAAAUCAGCUUACAAGCAAACGUUAAAGAAAAUCCAGAGUGGAGAUCUUUAAGAAAAAUGAUAUGCUUAGGAGAUGAUUCUUUGGUCAAUUUGACCCAUAAGCCUUUGCGAGAAAAUGAUGUUCCUUCACAACUUAUACUAGGCCAAUCAGCUUAUGAUGAUCUCAUAACAAAAUUAACGUGUUCAAAAUCAAGUGUAAAUCAACGUUGUUCAUCGCCUGUACGAGAAGCUCAUAAAUAUGAUGCAGUUGGAUGUUGGGACGAAGCUCUUCCUAGUGUUGCGAGUGAAGAUUUUGCUACUACAUGUAAAGAGAUUAGAAAAGAAUCUAAUCAAGAAUUCAAAUCGAAGUUAUCAGAAGAAGAUAAAUUCAUCGAAUUGAAGAUGCAAAUGAAAGAACUGACCAGGAAAAAAGUCACUUUAUCAGAAAUGGACACAACUGGCUCAAUCAUAUUGACAAUGAUUGAUAUUAUGACUAAUAUUACAGAUCUAUUGGACGCAAAGAACCAGAAAGCCAUUCAGACAGAUUAUGUUGUCCCAGAAAUUGAUAAAACAUAUACAUGCAAAGCAAAGAAUCAAAUUUUUUUGGAGGGUGUUAUCGAAAUCAAUUUAGAUUUAUAUAAAGAUGCGUGUCGUAGAGCUAAGCCUGGUAAGCCAAAUUCGUUUGCGUAUUACCUGAUUAAUCUCUGCUUCCCACAAGCAUACUACAAAGGUCUGAUUCUUGGAAAAAAAUUUCAAACCCAACAAGAUAUUGAAGAGCUUCGUCGACAACAGAGUAUCGGAGAAAAAGUUAAACUUCCGUUGCUUUAUGCUUGGGGAUUCGAUGAUCCUUUUAACAAGCCUUAUGAUGGUGAUUUUGAUCAUAAAAAAGGACAAGAAAGAAUAAGAUCAUUCAUAAAUCAUCUUUACAGAAAAUCAGGAUUUUCGCGAUACUCAGAUGACAUGGAAAGUAGCGUUCGACGACAAAUAAAUAAAAUUCUCUACGCCGUAAAUACACCGAAGAAAAUACCAAAAGACUUAAACAAGAAUAAAAAUUCAACGGAAAAAGACCCUCUGGUUGAUGAUGAUGAGGAUUAUCUUGAUUGUGCUGAUACUUUAAGACCAAGUGAUUGUCCGAAUAGUAUUGAACAUUGUUCAAAGGAUAUGAAGACAAUUCUUAAUGAUACAAGAUUCACUUUUGCUCAAAACGAUGUUCAAUUGGAUAUUUUAUGUCUUCAUUUAAAUCGUUCCAUUACCUGUAUCAAUAAAUUCAUUGAAUGUGAUUCCAUGUCAACCCUGAAAAAGGAUUCAAUCAAUCCUAUGCUUCAUCUAAUGGACAAACUGUGUUCAAAAUCAUCCAAGUUCAGAAUAGAAUACCUGAAGCACGCUGAAUGUUAUCACCGAUUAGCUCCAGUCUAUGAGAAAUGUUAUCAAUUAUAUUACAUUAGCGAAAGGAAAAGGGGUCAACUUCAACGUAAUAUAACGGACUUCACUCAUUUACUCCAAUGGUGCUGUAAUUACAAAAACCACCGAAAGUGCACAAAUGAUCCUGUUCGAAGAGCCUGUGGCUCUGAGGCUGCCAAUCUUGCCGAGCAAAUUGUGAUCAUUAGCCAUGGUCAUGAUGCUCUCGAUAAUUGUCCUAAAAAUUUGUCAUCAUCAAGUUGUCUUGUACAUUGGGAUUCGCUGGGCUUAUUGGCCAACACAACUUAUCAUAAAGACGGUAAUAUGGACUUUUUAACGAGCGAAGUUGAUUGA